AAACACACGCUCCCUCAGCCUCCGCCACACACACAUUCUCUCUCUCUCUCCCUUUUAAACCACUCCGCUGGAGGACAAGCGCUGCAUUCACUUCACGGAGAAUCGGGGGGACUGUUCACAAAAAAAAAAAGAAAAAAAAAUUAAAAAAGAAAGAAAGAAAGGACUGAGGAAAACGAGGCAAAAGAGCAAGUUUCUUUUAAUCAGGUGAAACUUUUUUAACGGACGCUGCAUCUAGCCAUGGCGCUCUCGGCCGGCGUCUUUUUAUUCUACCUGGCACUUUGCAAGUGGACGAGUACGUCGGCUUUUAAUUUGGACACGGAGGGUGCAAUUCAGAAAACCGGCGAACCCGGCAGCUUGUUUGGCUUUUCUCUGGCAAUGCACAGACAGCUCAAGCCCUCUGAUAAGCGAUAUUUACUUGUUGGAGCACCUCGAGCAAAAGCUUUAUCCAAACAAAAGGCAAAUGUGACAGGUGGUUUGUACAGCUGCCAACUCAGCACACAGCCAAAUGAUUGUCAACGGCUUGACUUUGACAAUGAAGCUGAUCCAUCAAAGGAAAGCAAGGAAAACCAGUGGAUGGGAGUAGUAGUGCAAAGUCAGGGUCCAGGAGGAAAGAUUGUGACGUGUGCUCACCGAUAUGAGAAGCGUCAAUUUGUAAAUACAGACCAAGAGGCUCGGGACAUUAUUGGCCGCUGCUAUGUCCUCAGUGAGGAUUUCACAAUUCAUGAGGAGAUGGAUGGUGGUCACUGGAAAUUCUGUGAUGGUCGUUUGCGAGGUCAUGAAAGGUUUGGGUCUUGCCAACAAGGCCUUUCUGCAACAUUUUCAAAAGAUUAUCACUACAUUAUUUUUGGAGCACCUGGUACUUAUAACUGGAAAGGAAUUGUGCGAGUAGAGCAGAAGAAUAGCUCUUUGUUGGAUUUGGAUAUUUUUGAGGAUGGUCCUUAUGAAGUUGGAGAUGAGAACCGUUUUGAUGAAAACUUGGUGCCAGUGCCAGCAAACAGUUACCUAGGGUUCUCGCUCGAUUCUGGGUCAGGCAUUACGAAUAAAGAAAAUUUGACAUUUGUAGCUGGCGCACCAAGAGCUAAUCACAGUGGAGCUGUUGUUCUGUUAAAAAAGCUUGGACAAUAUACCCCGGCAGCUCGUUUGAGGAGUAUAUUCUAGAAGGAGAAGGAACUGGCGUCUUCAUUUGGAUAUGAUGUUGCUGUAGUUGACCUGAAUAAUGAUGGUUGGCAAGAUCUUGUAGUUGGGGCUCCUCAGUUUUUCGUCAGGGAUGGAGAAAUUGGCGGAAGAGUUUAUGUCUACAUCAAUAAGGCUGGAAAGUGGAAUACUGUUGAACCGAUUAGACUAAAUGGAACCAAAGAUUCAAUGUUUGGUUUGUCUGUUGAAAACAUUGGAGAUGUUAACCAAGAUGGAUUCCAAGAUUUUGCUGUUGGUGCUCCUUAUGAUGGUGGUUCUGGAAAAGUUUACAUUUAUCACGGAUCCAGUAAAGGAAUAAAUACCAUUCCAGCACAGGUUAUUGAUGGCAAGCACCUUGCUUCCAAAUUUUUUGGUUAUUCUUUAGCUGGCAACAUGGAUCUUGACUCAAAUGGCUAUCCAGACGUUGCUGUAGGAUCUCUUUCUGACUCAUUGUUUGUAUUCAGGGCAAAGCCUGUGGUCAGCAUACAGAAAUCCAUAACUAUAAAACCUGAACGGAUUGAUCUGAAUAACAAAAACUGUAAAGGUGUCAGUGGAAAUUGUAUGACUGUAGAAGCUUGCUUUAAGUACACUGCUGUCCCUGCCAACUACAAUCCAUCACUAACUGUUGGUUACGCAUUUGAAGCUGAAAUGGAAAGAAGAAAACUGGAACAGUCAUCAAGAGUAAUAUUUCUCAAGAAACAGCCUGGUGAUCCAGAAUAUCAGUCCUCUGGGACUGUACAGCUGAGUAAACAAAACACAAUGACAUGUGUCAACACAGAGUUGAAGCUACAGGACAAUAUUCAAGAUAAACUGCGUCCAAUCCCAAUUACAGUUGCUGUUAACAUUAAGCAGGCAACACGCAAGAGAAGACAGAAUGCUGCCCCACCUCUUCUUCCAGUCCUUAGUAUUAAUGACCCUCCUGUUGCCCGAUCAGAGGUAAACUUUAUGAAAGAAGGCUGUGGUAGUGAUAACAUCUGUCAAAGUAAUCUGAAGCUUCAGUAUGAAUUCUUUUCAAAGGAUGGAAAACAAGACCUGUUUCAGCCAUUACCAAUGGGAGAGGAUGGAAUACCAGUGAUAUCUCUGAGUCAGCAAAAAGACAUUGCUGUGAAAAUAACUGUUACAAAUACUCACUCCGAUCCAAAAAAUCCCUUAAAGGAUGGUGAUGAUGCCCAUGAAGCUAAACUUACUGCUGCUUUUCCUGAUACACUUUCUUAUUCUGCUUUUAGAGAUGACCAAACAUCCCCUGAUCGACCAGUCACAUGUAAUGCUAAUUCAGAUGGUUCUGAGGCUGUUUGUGAGUUGGGGAAUCCAUUUAAGAGAAAUUCAAAAACAUCUUUCUUCCUGAUUAUGGGCACAAGUGGCAUUUCACUUGACACCACAGAUGUGGAAAUCAACCUAACACUUGCGACGACAAGUGAACAAAAGAAUCUGGAACCCUUAACAGCAAGGGCAAAAGUGUUUAUUGAGCUACUGUUAUCUGUAUCAGGUGUGGCAAAACCAUCCCAAGUAUACUUUGGAGGAACAAUUGUAGGCGAAAGUGCAAUGAAAACAGAAGAUGAUGUUGGAAGUUUAAUUGAAUAUGAAUUCAGAAUUAUCAAUCUUGGCAAACCCCUCAAAACACUUGGGACAGCUUAUCUGGACAUCAGUUGGCCAAAGGAGAUUCUUAAUGGAAAAUGGCUUCUUUAUUUGGUAAAAACUGAUACCAAGGGGUUGGAGACGAAGUCUUGUUCUCCUCCUUCAGAGAUAAACCCAAGAAGAUUGAAGGACUCUCCAACUGUUUCAAGGAAAAAACGAGACAUUCGAGAAAAGCGUGCUGAAAAUGAUGGAAAACUUUAUCUUUUUUCUGAAAAAAGAAAAUAUACGACUCUGGAUUGUAGUAAUACCAGGUGUGUAACAAUUCAGUGCCCACUACAGGGACUAGACAGUAAUGCUUUUGUGGUCCUGCGAUCAAGAUUAUGGAAUAGCACAUUUCUUGAGGAGUAUUCAACCAUGAAUUAUCUUGAUAUUUUAAUCAAAGCAACUAUCAAAAUUGAUUCCUCUGCAAAGAACAUUAGGCUUAGAAAUGCUGAUACGCAGGUUCGGACAACUGUGUUCCCAGAAAAAACAGUGGCUCCUUAUACUGGCAUUCCUUGGUGGAUAAUCUUGGUUGCAAUUCUUGCUGGGAUCCUCAUGUUGGGACUGCUUGUGUUUUUACUAUGGAAGUGUGGAUUUUUCAAGCGUUCCAAAUAUAAUGAUAGUGUUCCAAGAUACCAUGCUGUGCGAAUCCGUAAGGACGAAAGACAGAUUAAAGAUGAGGAUCAAAAGAAAAAACUUGAAAAAAAGCAGUGGAUGACAACAUGGAAUGAGAAUGAAAGUUACUCUUAGAAGUAAAAACAGCUUUGUAAGAAGGACAAGUAGGAGGGUCUGCUGGAUCUUAAAAAUGUGUGCAUUACACACUUUAAACGUAAUUGAUUUUGCACAGGCUGAAUGUAUUUUUCUGUAAUAUUUUAAAAAAGGAACUAAUUGGAUGGAACUAUGUGUUCCAACUGGCUAAAAAGUGCUUUAGAAAGCUUUGCUUUCUGGUUGAAGUUGAAAGUCAAUCUUUGUUAGAAAAGCCUAUCACCAGCAUUAUCUUUUGCUUAGAAGAUGAAAAAAAAUCUAGGCUGAAAAACAAAAAUUGAACAUACUGCUGUUCUAAAUACAAUAUUCUUACUGUGGUUUUGGGACAUUCUCCAUUAUGAUCUGUUAAGAUUUUUUUUUUAAGAUUCUCUUAAUAUCAAAGUGACCUUUUUCAGCAACUCUUAAGUUUUAAUUUAGCUGUCAGUGUUGUGGUUAAAUGUUAAUUUCUGCGGCUUUUACUAGUAUCUGUUGAAAAUGUUGCUUAAAUUGUGUUUGUAUGUGGGCGUAUUUCCUUUUGUGUGUUUUAAUUGUAACUUCUAAUAUUGUAGAUUUUAAAUUCUCACAUUGGAGCUUUAUAAUUUCUCUUGGAUCAAUUUUAUAAAUAGACUGGAAAAUAAUUUUUGUACUGUUUGUAUAUAUUUAAAUAUUUUUAGUAUGUGUCAGUAUUUAUUUAAUUGCUCCCUAGGUUAAAGAAUUGUACUUCUGUGUCCUUUUGUGGUUUUGUUUUUAAAUACAUGUAUUACACAUGCAACUCCUGCAUAUACAGGUUUCUUAAACAGUGGCCAACUUUUACCAUUUAUAAAUCCUUGUUUAAUUAGGUGUAUACACUCUGCCUGUACAGUUUUAAAGUGACUACAAAGAUAUAUAUUGAAAAUGUUUUCUGGGACACAAAGAUGUGCAUUUUAGGUUGAUCAGCAACUCUGAGAUGGUUCAGUGUUGGUGCUGGCGUAAGUAAAUACAAGCUUGGUUAUUAGCCUUGCACCAAGUGCUGCCAGGGUAGGCUCAAGCUCCAUGCAACCCCGUAAUGGAUAAAUUGGGAUUAGAAAAUGCAUGAAUUGAUUAAACAGGAGUUUUAAUUUACAGUUUUUUUGGUUUUUUUUUGCAUGCUUGAUGAGUGCCUUACUUUGAUUCAUUGUUGUCAUUUAACCGGAAAAAGGGGAGAAAAGAAUGUACAUAUAGACGAGUAGUACGCUGCUCUUACCUGUUCAGCGCCGAGUUGUAUAAAAGAGAAUGAGGAAAGGUCAGGCAGUAAACAGUACACUUAAAAAUAUCUUUGUGCUAAACUUUAACCAACAGUCUUUAAAUUUUGUAAAUUGUCAGUGCAGAAAUGGAAGUGUAGUAUUAUGUAUUAUGUAUCUAAUUAGCAUGAAGUUAAUUUAUAGCAAAGGAAAUGAAGCGUAGUCCUUCACUCACUUUUGCCUACAUUUAAACUGCAGGACUGAUCACAAUUAUGUUUCUUUUCAAAUAUAGAAUUUUAUACGACUAUCUAUAGGAAAUUUCACAUGUGACCAAUAUCCAUUUACACAGACGUGUGUCUGAAACACCUCAAUGUGUAAAUGAAUGACCACUUAAAUAGAUGACUUCACAUCUACAUAAAUAUAGUACAACAUGCAGAUCUGUGUUAAUAAGAGAGACAUGUGGAAAUGAGGAUCCCUUUAAGAUUUAGCCCUUCUUAACCAUGCCAGCAGAGAGACAAUUAUAUGCAUUUUUUUUUUCCAGUAAAACCCUUCUUGAUUUUCCUGUAUUCCCUAACGCCGAUGUUACAUUAUGCAACUUUUAGUCAUCGGAUUUGCUGACUGCAAUUGCUGAACUUGUUGCUGGACCACAUCGGUUUACACGACUGAAAAUCGCUGGUCUUUUAAAAAUUUAGCAACUGUUUGCCAACUUUGUGCAAUAGUGUGCUGCCUGAGAGCUGUUUCUGUAUGACGGGUGAAUCUGUAUGGUGAAUUUAGCUGAAAUCUAUGCUUUUUUUUUUUUUAAAAACUUUGUUCCAUUUUGUUGGGGUACGUAAAACAUGAGACAUUACACGGAUGAGCUUCUCUUCUGUUUGUGAGGUCCAAAACGUCCGCGGUUGUCAUUCCUUGUCACUUCCUUAUAUGCAUUGUACUUCCAGUAAAUCAAUCAUAUAUUAGUUGUCACACAGAAUUCACCCCUAUUACCUACCAAAGAGAAAAUCGACCUGUUUGACUUCGUCAGACCUAGUUGUGAACUAGUGGUAGAGUGUUGCUGGUUAUGUCAGACUAAAUGACUGAACUCAUGGGAGUCCACUGCCUCUGAGUCAGUACAAUUAUGUAAAUGAAGUUAUGACUGAAAAUCACUGGAAAAUUCUUCUAAAGUUACAUAGCCCUUAAAGUGAGAUUAAGCGUGAUAAGUCGAUGACCAGUAUUAUCUAUCACUGUACAUCCAGUGUUGUUUACAUGAUGUGAAAUUGGAGGGCACUCAUCAGCUAUGUUUCACAGAAAGGUAAUCCACAAAAAUAAUUUCAGUGUUUUCUCAUAGAUCUCUUUUUUUGAGAAUUGGAAUGAUGUUGUUGUACUGAUCCACAUACAAACCUGUGUAUCUUUUGCCAUAGCAGGCAAAAUGUCUUGUUUGUACCAGAUACACCGAUAUUGUUGAGAUGAACUUGACUAUGGAAAUUUACCCUUUUCAGGCAGGACCUCUGCGUUUUUCCCAGUUGAUUCUGGAGUUCGUCAAGGGUAUGUUCUUGCUCCUACUCUGUUCAGUGCUUGUAUGGACUGGGUGUUGGGCAAGGUCGUGGGCUCCAGCGGCUGUGGGGGCAUCUGUUGGUGAAGAAAAAUUCACGGAUCUUGAGUUUGCUGAUGAUGCUGUGAUCUUCAUGGAGUUAAUGGAGGCUCUGAUCGGGGCGCUCAAGACAGAGUGAGGAGUCUGAGUGUCUGGGCUUGCGAGUGUCCUGGAUAAAAACCAAGAUCUUUGGCACGGCCAUCAGCAGUGUGUCGUUUACAGAGAGAGUGUCGACCUUGUUGAGAGGUUUACUUACCUUGGCAGUGACAUUCAUGUCUCUGGUGACUGUUUCUAUGAAAUCAGUAGAUGGAUUGGGAAAGCAUGGGGGGUCAUGAAGUCGCUGGAAAGGGGUGUGUGGUGCUCCCGAUAGCUGCAAAAGGACGAAGGUCCAAGUCUUUAGUGUCCUACUGCUUCCUGUCUUGCUAUAUGGUUGCGAGACAUGGCUGCUAUCCAGUGACCUGAGAUGAAGACUGUAUUCCUUUGGUACUGUGUCUCUUUGGAGAAUACUUGGGUACUGUUGGUUUGACUUUGUGUCGAAUGAGCGGUUGCUCAUGGAGUCCCGAAUGAGGCACAUUACCUGCAUUGUGAGGGAGCAUCAGUUACGGCCAUGUGGCGCGUUUCCCAGAGGGUGAUCCGGCUCAUAAGAUCCUCAUUGUUGGGGACCCGAGUGGCUGGACCAGGCCAAGGGGUCGCCCAUGUAACACCUGGCUGCAACAGAUAGAGGGUCAUUUCCAGAGGGUGGGACUGGACAGUGUGUCUGCCUGGGGGGGAGUUGCAAACCAGGAUCCCGAGUUGUUUCGUCGUGUAGUGGGUGCGGCAACGCACUGUACCAGUGCAUGCUUCCCAACUUGACUUGAGACACCAUGGUCUAUAUCUUGGUAAAAUGAUUUAAUAAAUGUUCAGAACUGUAAACCUUUAUUUCUAUAAUACAUAUCAGUUGUUUUAUCCAUUUUGUUUUAUGAAUAUCAAAGAAUAAAUAAUCAUCAUUGUGGACUAUAGUUCUCUUCUGACUUUUACUUGAAAUUUUAAACACUUAACCCAAUGAAAUUCCGGUAUAUUAUUGUUUUUAAUUUUUUUUUUUUUUUUUUUUUUUUUGUUAAAGAAGCCAACUAAGGUAACAAAGCUGGCAUGGUUAAUUAUUUAGUUUCAAUUAGUUUCUUGAAACAAUGUGGCUUGUUUUUUUAGUGAUUAUCACCUUGAAUCUGAUGUUGUAAUUAGCUUUACUUAAGGAAAAAAUACAGUAAUAUUUCAGACAACAAUAAAUAAAUAAAUACACAAAUAAAUGUACUGUGAAAUGUGUCAAGAAAUAAAGAAAAUAUUUUUUAUGUAUUAUUUUUUUCAUUUAUUUCAGUGACACUGCAUGCAACUUGAAAUGAAAACUGCCAUUUUCAUCCAUUAGAGUUGAGAGAGGCUGAACACUGCUGCCUCUCAGUAAUGGACCUGGGUUUAUGUCCCAGGUCCUUCUUAAUGAAGUUUGCAUGUUCUUCCCAUGUCUGCAUGGAUAUCCUCCGGGUGCUCCAGUUUCCUCCCACAGUCCAAAUACAUGCAAGUUAGGUGAAUUGGUAGCACUAAAUUAGCCCAGUUGUAUGUGUUUUAUGUGUGUUUUGACCCAGCAAUGGACUGGUGCCCUAUCCAGGGGAUUGUUCCAGGCAGCUGGAAUAGGCUCCAUCAUCCUUGGCGAUCCUGUGCAGGAAUAAGCGGGUUAGAAAAUGACUUACUGACAGAGUUGAGAGGGUGUGCUCUAGCAAGUACUGUUUUCUGAUUGGUGAAUUGUUGGUCGGGGGAUGCGCACAGUCUCAACUUUGCAGAUGCCUGUAAGCCUCAAGAUUUACAAGGCAAGCAAAGCACCUGCUCAGAGUUGUGACUAUGCAUGUUCAUGAUGGACAUGAGAGUAUGGAAAAAGUUGGCCAGAUUAUCAAGAAGCUGUGAAUCCAUCAUGAGAAGUCUUGAUGGCCAAAGGUUUAUGGGCAUUCUACUGAUAAUUCAUCAAUCAACACACAGCACUCACUAGUGCCUACCCUCUCAACUUUGACAUUUGAAAAUGACAGUUUUUCAUUUCAAAGGUGUACUGUAUUUCGUGUUGCAUGCGGGGUCACUGAGAUAGAUUAAUGAAGAAAUAAUUACAUAAGUUAACAUAAUAUGACCCUUAAUUAUUCAUGAUCACUUAUUAUUGUGUUAUUUAUUGUCACAUUUCACAAUACAUUUGUUUGCAUAUUUAAUUUUGUCUGAAAUAUUCCUCCAUAUUUAAAUGUCCACUUAAUCUGAUAUGCAGUACGUUUGUGAAUAUGUCGAGCAGAAUUCAGACAUUUUAUCUGACAAAAUGCAAACUGGGGACCACUGCAGUGUAUAUAAUGUCUUUGCUAUGUCCAUCUAGCAAAUUGCAUCUGCUGCAUUUUAUUAAUUUUAAUUGCUGCAUUAAUCAUUCAAAAAUCUAAAACUUGUUUUAAUUUGUGUUCAUAAAGUUGUUUAGAUUGCCAUAUAAAAAUUGUCAGAUAGUAAUCAUCAGUAUAAUUUCAUGAGUUUGCUUAAUACAAAGUAUUAGACAAGAGAAGUGAUUUAUUAAAUAUCCUAAUGCAACUAUUAAGGAAUUGAAAAGCCAUUGUGAACCAGUAGUCAGGGAAAUCACUGGACUUCAAAUUAGAAGGUUCAGUCUCCAGUAAUAUAGGGUCAGAGCUAUUAGAUGUAUGUAGACAGUGACCCUGGGAUGGUUUCUAUCCUAAAUUACUGUGUUAUGAAAUUGUUUUAAGCAAGCACUUUUUUAACCUUUAUGUGUUACCUUUCACAGAAGUGCAAAGACAGAUCUAAACGGCAGAAGUUUGUCUACACUAAUAGUCAUACCGGUGCAUGCUUUGUCAUCUUCUCAUUGACCUGCACAGGCUUGACGUUACAAACGCCAUUUUCUGCUAGAGUUAUUGCUAGAUAAUCUGGCACUUGAAAGCAGGCAACAUAGUUCUGUAAGUACAAUUGUUGAAAAACACUGAUAUCCAGUAUUUCAUAGUUUUGUUUUU